AUGGCCGAGAUGGAAGAAAAGCCCUCCUAUCUCAGUGCCAAAGGGGCCAAGUAUGCCCUCGGUAUCCAUCGAGGGCCUUUACCCCCGGCCAAUGGGGACGGUGGGGAGAUUGAACAUGUCGAGACAGCAUUAUCGCUGGAGAAGAAAGAGAGAACGAAGAAAGAGGCCAUGCGUCGCCAUUGGGCCCGGUUCUGGUGCUGCUAUAUUUUCUUCUCGAUCAUCUUCCUCGCCAUCAUCCUCCCGGUCUUCUUCGUGGUGAUUCUUCCCGCUGUCUCUCAGCGAGUUGUCGACAACUCCGACCUUGUUCUCGUCGAUGCAAGUGUCAUGCAACCUCGUCCAGACUCGGUAAUCCUCACUAUGCAGUCCGCCCUCAAAUUGCCCAUUGGACUUCCCGUUCGUAUCGAUCCCAUCACUUUGGACCUCUUCAACCGGGAGGAGCCUGGGAACAGCACCUGGACCAAAUUGUACCUCAACGGGACAACUAUCUCGGGCAACACCACUUUGGGAGUCACUAAUCAGUUCAGUCCACUCAAUACGGAGCAGUGGGCCAAAUAUGUGCACAAUGUGGUGUUUGAGGAACAUGCACCCUUGUCGUUGAAGGGCACUACCAUGUCGUACCUAGGCAAACUUAAAUCGCGCGUGACGAUGGACAAGACGAUCAAGCAAAACACCCUAAACGGCUUCGCCGGAUUUUCCAUCGAGGGAUCGCAAUUGCUUCUGCCUGCUGAACCAGACGGCACCAACCUGAUCGCCAACGCCACUUUGCCCAAUCCCUCAGUCAUGACAUUGGAAAUCGGCACAACCGUGUUGGACCUCAAGAGCGGAGAUCUCGUCAUCGGCAACGCAACGAUCGAUAAUCUCGUUCUUAGACCGGGCAACCAUUCAAACCCCGUCCGCGGCAGACUCGAUCUUAAAACCGUGCUGAAGAACCUUGGACCGGUCCUACAGAGCCAGAAAGACUCCCUCCGCAACGGAUAUCUGACUCUCAACACCGUUGCCAAAUCGGUCGUUUAUGACGGCGUGGAGGUGCCAUAUUAUACGAAUGUGAUGAAGGACCUGACCCUUAGCGCGAAGAUUCCUAUCGGCGGGCUGCUGGUCAACACCCUCCGGGGGAUGUUCAACAAGAACGGGACAAAUAUCCUCGACCAGAUGAAUAUCACCGACUCAUCGUCGUCGGGAAGCACGAGCGGUCUGCUGUCCGAACUGCAGCAUCUGAACUUGAGCAGUCUGGGCGGAGGGCUGAGCAGUAAAUUGACUAGUCGAUCGCUGGCCGAAUUCCUCGAUCGUCCCGACGAUAAGGCAUUAUUGGCUGAUGUGCUGAAGGGAUUCUUGUAA